AUGGCUUCUCAACGUCCGCAGAACAUUGGCAUCAAGGCCAUCGAGAUCUACUUCCCCAACCAGUACGUCGAGCAGUCCGAGCUCGAAAAGUUCGAUGGCGUCAGCCAGGGAAAGUACACUAUUGGUCUCGGCCAGACCAAGAUGGCCUUCUGCGAUGACCGCGAGGACAUCUACUCGUUCGCCCUGACCUACCCCUACGUCGACGGCCACUACUCCAUCACCUGCUACUCCAGGGCCCUGGACGCCGCCUACCGCGACUACCGCGCGCGCGAGGCCAGGCUCUCGGCAGGCGCCGCCGACGCCACCAAGCCCUCGCUCGACCGCUUCGACUACAUGGCCUUCCACGCCCCCACCUGCAAGCUCGUCCAGAAGUCGUACGCCCGCCUCCUCUACCACGACUACCUCGCCAACGCCGACCUGCCGGCCUUCGCCGACGUCGCCCCCGAGAUCCGCGACGUCGACUACCAGAAGUCGCUGACCGACAAGGCCGUCGAGAAGGCCUUCAUGGGCCUCACCAAGAAGUCGUUCAAGGACCGCGUCGACCCCGCCAUCCAGGUCGCCACCAUGUGCGGUAACAUGUACUGCGGCAGCGUCUGGGGUGGCGUCGCCAGCCUGCUCAGCUUCGUCGAGCCCGCCGACCUCAAGGGCAAGCGCGUCGGCCUCUUCAGCUACGGUUCCGGCCUGGCCGCCUCCUUCCUCUCCUUCCGCAUCAACGGUGACGUCGAGAAGAUCCACAAGACUCUCAACAUUCCCAGCCGUCUCGAGGCCCGUCGUGCCGUUCCUCCUGCCAUCUACGACGAGAUGUGCGACCUCCGCAAGCAGGCUCACCUCCAGAAGGACUUUGUUCCCAAGGGUGAC